AUGCAUAUACAAGUACAAAUUCCAACAUCAGCACAGAGCCCAAACGCCAACACAUAUACUGGUACAGAUAAAGAUACAGCAAAAAUACACAUCUCCGGUUACCUUGGACUAUACCUCACCGAACUGGUCUCAGCCGUCAUCGUCGGAACCCCCCUUUGGGAAUCUUCUAUUUCGAACCUCGAAAAGCAGCAAGAUCUACCAUCCGAGCAACAGGCCCCCUUGUCGCUCGAGAAGCAGCACCCAUUCGUAUCGGAACAGCAGCACCCUUCACGGUCGCUGCAGAAGAACCCCCCGCGAUCCCCCCAGCAGCACCCGUCGCGAUCAGAGCACACGACGCCGCCGCGGCUCGAGUAG